AUGAAAGAACGGUUCGACAAGAUCAUACAUGAUAAUUGGUUUUUCCCCACCAACACCAAUUAUUCUGAUGCAUUGAGCGGAACAGAACUCUCAACAUACGGCAUAAUCGAAACAUCCUGCGUCCCAGCUGGACACCAACAUCAGCUCGUCGAUACUGUCGACAAUAUCAUAUCUACAACCCAACGCUCUAACGCAUUUGUCAAUUUGGGGUGUGAACAUAAUGAAGUUAUUCGAGCGGAGUUCAUCUAUUUUCCACGAGGUUUCAGCAGAAAUUACCGAAGCAUACCUGAGAUCCUUGACAAAGUACAUGAACAGAAACCGGACCUUGUCGUCGUUGUUCUUGUUGUUGGCAUCCACCGCAAAACCCCGUGGCACAUGUGCCUGGGAUUUAACAUGAGACGCAGUCGAAUACAAGGUUGA